UGCGCCGAUGGUAUUCACACCGCCACCAAUGAGGCUUGCUGUGCCCUAUUCCCCAUCAUGGACGACACCCAAGCGAACCUGGUCGAUGGAGAAGAGUGCGGAGAAGACGUACACGAGUCGCUUCGUUUGACCUUCCACGAUGUAAUCGUGUCUUCUUUUACUGAAGGUGGUGGUGGUGCUGAUGGAUCCAUCAUCAUCUUCUCCGAUAUUGAAACGAACUUUCACGCAAACAUCGGCAUCGACGAAAUAGUGGAAGAACAGAGGCCUUUUAUUGCUCCCCACAACAUUACUCCAGGAGACUUGUACGACAUUUAA